AUGACAGUAUUGGGAGUGGUGGUUCCCAAGCGAACUUUGAUAUUGACACGUAUUCUUGACAAAGCAAAAGUGUUAGACUUGAAUAUAAUCUUAAAAAUGAAAACUCCCUUGCUGUUUAAGACUGUAGAAUCAAUUCUGGAGGUUUUGCAACGACCGGAACACAAAAGUCCCGUCGUUCAAGAAUUGCUGAGCAUUUACGAAGAUGCUAAAGAAAAAAAGGAAAAAUUCGAUGCACCCGGAGAAGCCAAACAGCAUCCCUUAAUUAUCUUUGAAGGUUUAGAUGGAUCAGGAAAAUCCACAACAGUGAAGCUUUUCGCUAAACAAAUAAACGCAAUAAAAUGGCAAACUCCUCCCGAAAGCAUAUCCCAUCUGAGAAAUUUAUUAGACGACGAUAUUAACCUAAGAACGGCCUUUUACUCGCUGGGCAAUUACAUAGCUGCAUUGGAAGUGCAGCUUUUGCUGCGCACUUCUCCAGUUGUAAUGGAUCGUUAUUGGCAUUCUACUGCAUCAUUCGCCAUAGCUCAAGCAGUGCACGACUACAAGGGGGAGUACGAAAUGCCGGCAAAAGGGAACGAAAUCUACAAUUUUCCAGAGGAUUUAUUCAAGCCUGAUUUGGUGAUGUUAUUGAACGUUACAGAGCAAAUAAGAAUUCAAAGAUUGUCGAGAAGAACGUCGUUCACAACGCAGGAAUUGUUGCUGAAAAACUCCGAUGAGUUUAGAAAUAAUGUUAUCCUGGCUUACAGAAACAUGUCCAAUCCUGGAGUUGUUUUUAUCAACGCCAACUCGAAACCAAAAGAUGUAAUAGAUAACUGUCUUGUUCAUGUUAAUCCUUUGUUGGAAAAAAAUUAA